CAACUAUACUCAAAAUGCCCCUAAUGGAGCCAGAUGCUGUGCCAGCUGAUGCACCAUCCAAUGAUCUACCAGAUCGUCUACCAUUCCCGCCAAUCACCUAUUCCCACAUCCUCAACUGCUCAUACCAUAGCUGGCAUCCACGAUACCGCACCCUCGCACCUAAAUCUCGGGUGAUCCCGUUAUCGCCCCAAUUCAUCACCUAUCUCCGCGCCGAUGGCAUCGUGCUCCCUCCGGAGCCAGUGCGCCCAAGAGAUGACGACGACCUAGACACAUUCUCCGACUCGGGAGAGGAAGCUGAAGAUCCCUCAACAGAAUGGGCCGAUAUUCACACGCAAGUCAAGGACACAAUCGCCGAGUUUGGCAAAGUCACCCCAAAACUAAACUGGAGCGCCCCCAAAGACGCAACUUUCAUGUCCGCCACAAACGAUACCAAAUGCGCUACCCCCAAUGACGUCUACCUCCUCCUGAAAAGCAGUGAUUUCAUCACUCAUGAUCUGCAGCAUCCUUUUGAUGACUGUGUUUCAGAUUCUACCACAAAUGGUGAUGACCCUGAGGCUCCGGCACUGGAUUCGCCAAUCCCGAACGUCCCCUACCACCUCGUCCUACGCAAAUAUGCCAACUUCAACCCAUCCCUCGAGUUCCGGUGCUUCGUUCGCAAUAGAAAAUUGCUUUGUAUGUGCCAGCGAGAUAUGAAUUACUUUGAUUUCUUAUUCGACAUGCGUGAUAUGUUCCGCUCGCGCAUUCAGUCGUUCUUUGAUGAGAAGCUGCGCGACACCUUCCCGGAUUCGAACUUCGUGUUCGAUGUCUAUGUCCCUGCACCGCAUCAGCGUGUCUGGUUGGUUGAUAUCAACCCCUGGGCGCAGCGGACAGAUUCAUUACUGUUUAGCUGGUUGGAGAUUUUACGAAUGAAGGAUCCCAUCGGCUUCCAGGAAGAAGAGGAUGAUGAUCUCAAUGGUGGAUUCGUGAGGAUCUCGCUUCGUGAUGGUAGUAUAAUGACUUCCGACGAGGUGACGAGUGGUGUUGUUGAGGAGGUGGAAAAUUCCGAAGAUGAAGAGGAGAAUGUGGAAGAGGGCGACGAUGAUCUUGCACCCUUCCUGCCGGAGGUUCGUCUCGUGAAGAAGAAUGAUCCUGAGGCAUAUCAAUUCUCCACACCCCAGUACUCGGCUCACAAGGUCCCGAAGGACCUAGUCGAUGCUUCUCUGGCGGGCCCGGGUGGCAUGAGCGAGUUUAUGGGCAAGUGGCAGGAGAUUCUGGCCAGGCAGACCAUGCAGCAACAGCAAGAUGGCAGCAGUGACUCAGAAUAA